AAGUUAUUUAAGAGCCAACUUGCUGGUCACUUUGCCUGAGUCCUUUUGAGGAAGUACCCAGAGGCACACAACAAGCCUGCCAGGGCCCCCUCUCUGGAGCACAAGCAGAUCCAGUGAAGCUGAGAAUGUCAGAUACUCCAGCAACCACCUUUGGGGGCAGGAGAGCAGUUCCCCCCAACAACUCCAAUGCAGCAGAAGCUGACCUCCCGACUGAGGAGCUGCAGGCCAUGAUACCCAGGGGCGUCAACCUGCAAGAUUACCUGAAUGUCACAGCUGUUCACCUGUUCAAAGAGAGAUGGGACAGCAACAAGGUUGAUCACCACACGGACAAAUAUGACAACAACAAGUUGAUUGUCCGUAGAGGGCAGUCUUUCUAUGUCCAGAUUGACUUCAAUCGUCCAUACGACCCCAAGCAUGAUCUCUUCAGAGUGGAAUAUGUCAUUGGUCGCUACCCUCAGAAGAACAAGGGCACCUACAUCCCAGUACCUGUAGUGUCGGAGCUGCAAAGUGGAAGGUGGGGGGCCAAGGUCAUCAUGAACGAGGACAGGUCUGUGCGGCUUUCCAUCCAGUCUUCCCCUGAAUGCAUCGUGGGAAAAUUCCGCAUGUAUGUUGCGGUCUGGACUCCCUACGGCAUCCUGCGUACCCGCAGAGACCCAGAAACUGACACAUAUAUUCUCUUCAAUCCUUGGUGUGAAGAGGAUGCUGUGUAUCUGGACGAUGAGAAAGAGAGAGAAGAGUACGUCCUGAAUGACAUCGGAGUGAUAUUUUAUGGGGACUUCAGUGAUAUCAAGAGUAGAAGCUGGAGCUAUGGCCAGUUUGAAGAUGGCAUCCUGGAUGCUUGCUUGUAUGUGAUGGACAAAGCCCAGAUGGACCUUUCUGGCCGAGGGAACCCCAUCAAAGUCAGCCGUGUUGGGUCUGCAAUGGUGAAUGCCAAAGAUGAUGAAGGUGUCCUUGUUGGAUCAUGGGAUAAUGUCUACGCCUAUGGCGUCCCUCCAUCAGCCUGGACAGGAAGUGUUGACAUUCUACUAGAAUAUAGGAGCUCUGAAACACCAGUCCGAUAUGGCCAGUGCUGGGUUUUUGCUGGUGUCUUUAACACAUUUUUAAGAUGUCUUGGAAUCCCAGCACGAGUCAUUACCAAUUAUUUCUCAGCCCAUGACAAUGAUGCCAAUUUGCAAAUGGACAUCUUCCUGGAAGAAGAUGGGAACGUGAGUUCUAAACUCACCAAGGAUUCAGUGUGGAACUACCACUGCUGGAAUGAGGCUUGGAUGACAAGACCUGAUCUUCCUGUUGGAUUUGGAGGCUGGCAAGCUGUGGACAGCACACCCCAGGAAAACAGUGAUGGCAUGUACCGCUGUGGCCCUGCCUCUGUUCAAGCUGUUAAGCAUGGCCACGUCUGCUUCCAGUUUGAUGCCCCAUUUGUUUUUGCAGAGGUCAACAGCGAUCUUGUUUACAUUACAGCUAAGAAAGAUGGCACUCAUGUGGUAGAAGCCGUAGAUGCCACCCACAUUGGGAAAUUAAUUGUGACCAAACAAAUUGGAGGAGAUGGCAUGCAGGAUAUCACUGAUACUUACAAAUUUCAAGAAGGUCAAGAAGAAGAGAGACUGGCCCUUGAAACUGCCCUGAUGUAUGGAGCUAAAAAGGCCCUCAACACUGAAGGUGUUGUCAAACCAAGGUCUGAUGUGGACAUGGACUUUGAGGUGGGAAACGCUGUGCUGGGAAAGGACUUCAAGGUCACCAUCACCUUCCAGAACAAUAGCGCCAACCGGUACACCAUCUUGGCCUAUCUUUCUGGCAACAUCACGUUCUACACCGGGGUCUCCAAGAAAGAAUUCAAGAAUGAGGCAUUUGAAAUGACACUGGAGCCCUUUUCCUCCAAGAAAAAGGAAGUGCUUGUCAAAGCAGGCGAGUACAUGAGCCACCUUCUGGAACAGGGUCUCCUGCACUUCUUCGUCACAGCACGUAUCAACGAGACGAGGGAUGUCCUGGCCAAGCAGAAGUCCACAGUUCUGACUAUUCCCAAGGUCAUCAUCAAGGUCCGAGGUGCUGCUAUGGUUGGCUCUGAUAUGGUUGUGACUGUUGAGUUCACUAAUCCUUUAAAAGAAACACUGAAAAAUGUCUGGAUUCACUUGGAUGGUCCUGGAGUGACAAUACCCAAGAGGAAGAUGUUCCAUGAAAUCCAGCCCAAUACCACGGUGCAGUGGGAAGAAGUCUGUCGGCCUUGGGUCUCAGGCCCUCGGAAGCUGAUUGCCAGCAUGACCAGUGACUCCCUGAGACAUGUGUAUGGAGAGCUGGAUCUGCAGAUUCAAAGACGACCAAGGAUGUAAAUGCCCAGGAGGCUCAGAUGGACCUGGGCACAUGACCUAUUGCAGUCUUGGCUAUGGAAAUUCUAAUACAAAACAAAUAGCUAGCUCUUGCUUUGCUUUGGGUAUGAAGACUGAGACAGAUCCCAGCAUUGGGACACUAUGUAUUUCCUAGACAUGCUUUUCCAAAGCCAGGCCAUUGGACAAGGGAGUUAGUUUGAAUUUCUCCACCCUCCAAAGGAUCUGAGCAUUAGCUUUAAUUAAGCUAUAAUUAAGCCUUCAUAGCUCAUAAGAGUAAAAGUCAUCAUUUAUCAUUGCAAAUGGCUACAGCUCCACAUAUCAUAAGGCUUCCCUUGAGUAGGGGGGAUGUGCCCAAUACCUGGCCUCAAUUAAGACUUCUGAUUCCCCACUCAGUCUUUUGGGGGUUACAUACUCUCUCAAAGGAGUGUAUGAUUGGAUCCUUACAAUUCUAAGCCCCAUUCUUGGAAUUAGGUUGUACCCUCUGUGUUAAAAUAUUUUUUCCAGGAAUUAAGCACGACAUCAUUUUUCUUCUUGGCAAAGCCAGAGAAAAGUCUUUCAUCUUGCACCUGCAGCCAAGGAACUGCCUGCCAAAUUUCACAGAUUACCUUGUGAGGAGAUGUGGCCCCACAUUAACAAAUUGCAUUUGUGGGGGAACUUAAUCACCUAGGAGGAGAUAAGGAAGCAGGUGCAGUGCUCAGAUCUAUUAAAUAAUGUAGUUUAUGGUUCAUUUUAUAGGUGUCACACUGUGACCUGAUCAGCAAGAAUGAAUAACCCUUACUUUAACCCUUUCUGGGGUAGAGAACUAGGAAAUAAGGACACCAAUUGGGGAUUGGAGAAAUGAGGAAUUAGUGUCCUCACUUAGUGAUUAUACUCCACUUGUCUCUCUGAGAGUAUCUUUUUCACACAAUGACACAGGCCUAGGUUUUUUUGGGUUUUGUUUCAAGACAAAAAAAGGCUUAAGAAACUAGAUUUAAUGGUUAGACACAUGGAAUAUCAAACAGAUUCUCAUCCUUUUUCUUCAAAUUUCCUAUAUCAAGCCCUUGCCUGAACCUUUGGGUAUUGAGAGGUAACAUAGACUCAGCCUUGCAAAUGGCCAGUGAUACUGUUGACCCAAGGGAAGAGGACACCAGAAUCCUUUGUUUUAUGUGUCAAGGCUCUAAGAUACAAGAUUACCAGUGUCUAUUUGUAAGGCAGAUUUAUAGUUAGAAUUUCCCAUUGAAAUGCCUUGGGCAUGCUUUCGGUCAGCUGACUGUGAUUCUUAGCCAAAAAAAAGAAAGAAAGAAAGAAAGAAAGAAAGAAAGAAAGAAAGAAAGAAAGAAAGAAAGAAAGAAAG